AUGUCAAACAAGACGCUGCGAGCUCCACUCAUGAGCCCGAGCUUAGAUGGCCAGGAUGAAAGUUUCAAUCUAGAAAGGCCGUCUCAUGACUCCGCUCGUUUUGGUUUGGCUCCUUCGACGAGUCUAGGAACGAGCGUCAAUGGCGAUAUCGCGUAUUCGGCCGGUAAGAUUGUGUUUGUGGUUUUUUUGUUCAUCAUCUCGUUGGUGGCCUUUGUGGCUCAAACAGAGUCAACAUCAUACUUGUACUCGUCGACGAAUUUCAAAGAGCCUUUUUUACUUCUAUACAUGACCCACGGUAUGUGGUGGAUAACAUGGCCGCUACAGGUGGCCGGUGUUGCUACUUGGAAGACAUACAUUAAGUUCCAAGCCCACCGAAACAACGCCAUCGAAAGCUACUCAGACUUGCUACGUCACGAACGUGAAGGAAAUAAUCGCCAAGGUCGGAAAGUUUGGAAGGGCUUCAGAAAGACCUUCACCAGUUCUGUGAAAGCGCAGCACCGCAAUAUCUUUGAGUCUGCUGACUUGACCGCACAGGAGAACGUUCCUGGCUAUAAAUCGCCAUUGGUUCGUCACCAUGAGGGAUCCGUAUCCAAACACCCGAAAACGUACUACUUGAUGUUCUUUUCGCAGGCAAUGAGACAUACCGUGGGAUCCGCAUUCAUCAUCAUGAUUGUGCUCAAUAUAGCAGGAUCGUCGUGGUAUGUGGCCAUGGGACUUUCCACCGGGAGUGAUGUUACUGCCAUAUACAACUGUUCUGCAUUUGCAGCCUACGCGUUUGCAGUCCCAUAUCUGGGCGAGCGGUUUUCAUGGUUGAAAAUGCUCAGUGUGUUGGUGGCUGUUCUGGGUGUCUUUGUGGUUGCAUACUCUGGAAGUUCAGGCGCCGACAAUGACUCCUCAAAAUAUCCUCACAGACUUCUGGGAAAUUUAAUCAUUUUGGCCGGUGCUGUUUUGUACGGGUUUUACGAGGUAUUGUACAAGAAGCUGAUGUGUCCUCCGUCUUCAGCCGUAUCGGCUAGGCGACAAGCGACAUUCUCCAACUUCGCCAUGUCCGUGAUCGGAUUCUGGACAUUUUCGUGCUUAUGGAUUCCACUGUUACUGGUGCAUGUGACGAAUAUUCACCGGUUUUCGUUUCCAGCAUCAUCUUUAGAAUGGGGACUUAUCCUCGCAUCUCUACUGUCAAACAUCUGUUUCAGUUGUUCAUUCCUUGCGUUGAUGGCACUCACGUCUCCCGUGCUGUCCUCCGUGGCAUCACUGCUCACAAUUAUGUUAGUGGGUGUGUUUGAGUGGGUUGCCUUUGGAAUCAAGGUUUCGUCUUCGCAACUGUUAGGUUACCUGUUGGUGGUGGUAGGUUUUGGGGUCUUAACCUACGCCAGUUGGAGUGAAAUCAGUGAGGAGGAGCUGGAUGAGGGCGGGCAUGACACAGACUCAGAUUCUGUGGCCUCUGGGUUUUCUGGUGUACCCCUGUCCUAG